CUGCGGGCUGCGGGCUGCGGGCUGCAGCUCCACGGCACACAAGUUUUCUCUUUCGAGCGGACCGUCCAACGGUAGAGGCCAAGAGACCACUCACUGCGAGGACUACGGACUACCACGACCACUACUAGUACCACUAUCACUGCUAGCACUGCGCUCUAACCUCUCACAGCGACUGGGGAAGAGGCUACAGCCACUGCUGGCAGCUGAGUCUGAGUACUACGACUUUCUUAGCACUGCUACUAGUUGUACUGCUGCUGCUCAAUCCUCAAUUCUUCCUCCCCACGUUCGACCUUGCUCUGCUUCUCACAACACACGGACCAAACACCUCGUUUUCUUUUCAUCUCUGCAUCCCACCGCUCGAUCGCAUUCGCCGUUUCCUAACCUCGUACACAUGGCACUCGACUGAUGGCACAGAAGGCAAACAGGGACAAUUGCGCGACCAUACUGUCUCAACCAACCAAAAGAAGCAUCACCAUCGCGCCACUGCACGCACACCAACCUGGGCCAACUUCUGCCCUGCGUCGUGUUUGUCACCAGCUCAGGCCUCAACUCUAGAAGCGAUCUACUGCAUAGACAGACACCUCGGCCAGCACAGUCUUUACACGUCUACACGUCCACACGUCCACACGACCCGACUCGACUCAACUCGCUUGUGAAUCAUUCAACCACUGUCCCCAGCCAUCAUGCGCGCCGCUGUCCGACUGUGACCUAGACCAGUUCAUGAACGCCUCUCCUUCGAUUCUUGCAGUACUUCUAUUUGGGCAUCCCCCAGACACUCGCUCGCUACUAAAAAUUAAUACUGUCUGUCACUACUACCAUGGAUAAUCAUGCACCGUACUCGCAAAUCGCGAAUGCGCAAACCGCUCAGUCAUCGACGUCCUCGGUCAACCUUUCGUCACCUACCACGUCGACGUUCUCCAAAGGCCACUCGUCGCGAGGCUCCAAUUCUUCCUCGACCUCGUCGCCUAUACCGCGAGAGUCACUUGACAUGUAUGGUGCGCCGAAGAGGUUGGAAGAUGUAACAGAGGACCCUCAAGAAAGAGACGAGUUCGAAGGAUACACUGUGGUUAAUGACAAGAUGUAUGAUUGGAAUGACUACGAUAAGCCUUUCUCGAGCCAUCACGGUCAACCGUCUCCCCCAAGUUCUCCCGGACGGCCGCAGUAUGAAUGGAGCUUGAGAGACAACGAGGACGACUGGCACUCUCCUGCCGCCGCCGGACUCGGUCUGUUCAAACGCCGCAAGUCGAUGGAACAUCCAACCACUGUCCAUCGCCACCGCUUCAGCACUAGAUUCGGUUCCAUUUCGAGAAGGUGGAAGAACCGAUCUGCCCCGGGCCCGCAGCUGUCAAUUGCAACGCACAUCGACUCUCCUAUUUCUCGGUCAGGGUCGUUCAAGUCGUCACAAGUCUGCAGUCCGGCAAUGAGCAUCAUUUCCAAACGUGAAAGCUUGGUCCCUUCGUCGCCUGUCAUCCCGGAAACGAGUGAAGUGUCAUUUGAGCCGGCAACAAGCCCAGUCGAGAUAGAGCAAAAGCCGUCCGAGGAAGAGGAAGAGGAAGAGCCAUGUCAAGCAACCACCCCACUACUGCCACCUAUCUUGACCGACAUCGGCAAAGAAGACGAGCCAGUCCAUUCUCCGCUUCAGUCACCUGCAAUUGCACCUACGUCUGCAGUGAUGAGCUCCCGAGCCUCGAUCGAGGGUUCACUGUCGUGUCUGCCGUCGCCACCUCUUUCGACAAAACCAUCAAUGGUCUCAAUGCACGCCAGAUCCCGCACAAACACCAUGACAAGCUCGCCCUACGGCGACGUCCCAACGAUGCAGCUCCUGGACGACCUGUCCGAUCCUUGGGCAGUUCGACUGGGGCACGCUAACUUCACCAUCUAUCCGGAGCCAUACGUUCCCGAGACCAUUGAUCUGGAGUCAUAUACCGACUUCCGCAACAACUGGGACCAAGCCCGAACCAAUUACGCUAAGCACAUCACCCGCACUGCUGAGCACUAUGGCUCGACCUCGAAAGUGUACAAACUUACCGAGGAAAAGUGGGCGAGUAUUGACGAGAUCUGGAAAAAGCAACAUACGCUUAUGCGCAAUGUCCUUGCUCCAGUCCUGGCUCGUCUGAGCAGUGGCGAAUCGUCCGAUGCGCUACAGGACUCCGUCGCCUCCAGUACCGUUCUGGAAAACCCCAGUACCAAAAUGGUAUUGCCAGUCAUUGACGACAAGAGUGGCAAGUUUCCUGAAUUGGGCGAUGGAGAGAUUGUAGGGCCGAUGUCCGUUGCUCGGCCGCGCGGUAUGACGGGUCCCGCGACCAAAGGCGCCGAACCGAGAAGUCCACCUCUGUCCCCGCACAAGCGGAAUCUUCUCAAAAUCAUCUCCGACAUUUUCAAGACCUGAAGGCACUGUACAAACGUGUACUAUCGAAACGACAACAGCAACAAUCACAGUGACAACAACACCUUGUAUAAAUCAUACCCUUUCAUCAAGUAUACAGAUGCCCGGGAAAAGUCUCUACCAGGCCAUGGCGCUGCUGCGCUUAUGUUCCAAACGGUUUCCUUCAGCGGCGUUCUUGAUUGACGGACCGAACCUGCCACUGAGCAGUAACAUCCUCAGUACACUGUCUCCCGUCUACAAUUUGCAGACUGCAAUCCUGGUCCUGAGAGAAAAACCGGAACGUAAGCAGAAAUGACUGAGCAGCCACCGGGUAUCGUCAUCCAUCCACAAAAGCCCAAGAGGAUUCCUUGGGUAAUCUAUUCCCAAUUGAUAUUGUUGGUACUUGUAUAUUUUCGGCAAGUGUUACGACACAACUUACGAUACGACACUCCUUUUUAUGAUACACGACAGCAAAGGCCCUGCGUGGGCCAUUAACGACUUGCAACUUCAGCACAGCGAAGUGAUUUGAACACUUGCCACUACGACACUCCCUUUACUUUUCUAUGGAACAUGAAACCAUGAGAUACCAUGCACUUUGCAGCGAUUUGCAUGACGACUUGCGGCUUCAGCACAACGAAGUUUUUGGAUCAUUAACAGCGCAACCACGGUCUUCGAGAAGAGCGAUUGUUCGGUGGAGUGUAGAACGGACUCGGUCUCAGGACAAAACGGAUAUCAAAAGAGAGAUAUUUCGAUUAUUUUGUACAGGAGUUCUUGGAGCAACAUCAAAACAUCCUUUUGCGGAAGGAUGGAGGAUGGAUGGCUUUGCUCAAUGGCGGCUUAAUACAUGGCCUGGAUUGAUUGCUCACGUCGUGAUGUCUCAUUCUCCCACUGUUGAGUUGCAGGAUGGAAAAGACGAGCGAUGCACGUUGUCAAUCCACGAACGUAUGUAUUCUAGCGCAGUCGCUCAAUUCAAUGUUUAUCAGAUACAUUACAGAAUGUUGGUGUUCUCUGCGUCUGGGAGGUGCGGCAGCAAGAAGGGACCGAGAGAAUGGGAGAUGGAAUAGGUGUCAGUUAGGUGUUGCUGCUGUUGUACCUCCUAUCGCGAUCAUGCAGAACCAAUCAAAACAUUCAACAAGAGGAA